AUGAUAGGACCCCCAUUAGCCGCCGGUGAACUCAAUCGUCCACUAGUUGGUGAAAGUGAACGAGUAAUAAUUUCAUUAUGUGAACGUUGCCAUCGAAUUCCUUAUGCCAUGUGCUGUGUUUGCAUCGAUGAAAUCGACUCAUUGGCACCAAAACGAAAUGAAGAUUCUAGUGAAGGCAAAAUAGAUAAGAUCUCCGUUCUUUUAUCAUUGAUAGAUGGCAUCAGAGAUAUUCCCAAUUUGAUGAUUUUGUGUGCAACAAAUCGAUUACACAUGAUGGACGAGGCAUUUUUACGUCGAAUGUCGGGCAAGUUUUUUGUCGGAAGACCUUCAUCAGAUGCACGCAUUAGCAUUCUCAAGGGUAUCCCUGAUUGGGCAUUGCAGUCGGAGAUAUUCGAUCGUCUAUCGAGUGCUACCACCAACUUCACCGGAGCGGCUCUUAGGGCGUUUACACGAGCGAUUACCGUGAAAUGUCUUAGCACUAAACGCUCUCAGGCAAACUAUCAAAUAGAUUAUGAGGAAGCGUUGAUGAUCGCUGAUCACAUUGCUCAACAAUAUCAAAUCUUUUUCGGCAGUGAAACAUUACCCCGUCUGCUCUUACGCAACUUGCCGAAAUUGCUCACGCACUCUCAACUUCGUAUUCAUCAAUUAUCAAACAAUUUCAACUACACCGGACGGAUUAUCGUAGAUUUGUACACUCGUCAUGCACGAAUCGAAGUACGCAAACAAGAUGUCAAUCUAGAAAAUGAGACAUUGUCAAUUAUCGAGUACAAACUUCAUCAAAGAGAGAUAAAUAUCCAAGCAUUACUCGAACGGUUGACUGGUUAUGGAAAGAGUCGUAAUGUUCAACUUCUUCAACUGAUCGAUCUCAAUUUACUCGCUUCACAAAGUGCAUACGAUGAGAAGAAAACCUUUGAAACACUGAAAGAUCGGUAUGAUGAAUGCGUUGCGUAUACUCGUUCAAUGAUUGUCUACGAUCUUGAUGCACUGAUUGGUGUUAAUAAAUCUGAAUCCGAUUCGAACAUGGGCCGAUCGACUUCAUUAUCGAUUGUCAAUCAACAUCUCUAUACUUAUGUGCGAGCAAGAUUCUGUGAUUGUAUCAUAGAAGACCACCAACAACAAACAACUGAUAGAAUCGAACGAUGGGGUGUGGCUGUCAUUCAUGAACCAUUUUUGUUAAGACAGUUUUGUAUUGAUACUCAAUUUACUCGAACACGUCAAGAGGAAGACGAACUCGAAUUGGAGCGACGAAAAGCUGAAGAUCUUCUCAAAUGUGUCAAAUGUAAAGAUUUCUACACUGAGAAGGAAAACAAAAUGGGUAGAUAUUGUAUCUUCUUAACUUAUAUUUGUGCCUCGAUUUGUACCCUUUCAGGCAGUUGUUUUCAUCACGAUGGAUUUGUCUACGAUAAUUCGACAACUGCUCUCAUCAUUUACACUCAGCGUCAGGCAACUCUGCUACUGAAUAAACUGGAAUGUGACGCGAUCAAUGACCCCAAACGACGUGAGGAGUUCGAGCCUCAAAAGAGCAAAUUCAAGUGGAUCUGUUGUGAUGCAGUGCUUGCCAGUGGAAAUGUAGGCGGAUGUAAAACGGGUAAACAUGGAUUCGAUGCCGCUGGCGAUGAUCAGCAGCAUCAGCAGCAAUGUAUCAAUGUUAGAAGCGAUCGACUCGAUCAAGCCACUAUUGAGCAAUGGGAAGAAGCAUGCCGCGUUAAUGAAGAGUACAAUGACAAAUGGCUUAGGUUGGUAAAAGCGCGUAGUUGA